AUGAAAAUUGUUCAUUUUGAUUUAAAAGGAGCUCCACCAAAAAUUGAAUACUAUGCAAAGAUCUUUCCACUGCUUAGAAAAUUAAACGUACAAGCCGUUUUAAUGGAAUAUGAAGAUAUGUUCCCAUAUAAAGGAUUUUUGAAGAUUAUCACAAAACAAAAUAGCUAUACAGAGAAAGAAAUUGCGAUGAUACAAGUGAUAGCGGAGAACAAUCAGCUAGAAAUAAUACCACUCGUGCAAACUAUGGGUCAUUUAGAAUUCGUGCUGAAACAUUCCAAAUUUUCACAUUUACGUGAGAAAGGUGAAACUGCAAGUACGAUAUGCCCAUCAGCGGAUGAAUCUUGGAACGUGAUCACUGAAAUGCUUGGACAAGUUCGCAGUCUUCAUCCAAAAUCGAAACGUAUCCACAUAGGAGCUGAUGAGGCAUGGCAGGUUGGUACUGAUGAGCGAUGCAUUGAACGAUUUUUAAAAGAUUCAAAUUUCACAAUGGAUGAUUUAAAACUGUCGCAUAUCAGUAGAACUGCGCGUUACUCGCGAGAUGUGCUAAAAUUUGAAAAUGUCUUUGCUUGGAAUGAUAUGUUUGAACGUUCAAGCACCUAUUCUUUGAAAAAAUACGAAUUCGGCAAAUUGCUUAUUCCUGUUGUAUGGGGUUAUGCUGUUGAUGUCACUAAACCUGAAUAUUUUCCUACUGGAAUGCUCCAACGCUAUUCAGAGGUUUUCGAUAAAUUAUUAUUUGCUAGCGCUUAUAAAGGUGCGAAUGGGCAGGCUAAUGUAUUUGUUGAUAUUAACCGAUAUUUUUUGAAUCAAAUUUCUUAUGUGAAUUUAUAUUAUUUAAAUUCAACAGAAUUAUUAGGGCGUGUAGGAGGUAUUGUUUUAACCGGAUGGCAGAGGUAUAAUCAUUUCGCUCCACUUUGUGAGUUGCAUCCUAGUUCUAUUCCUUCAAUGGUUAUCGAUUUACUCUACUUGAAUAAUACAUCUCUUAAUCUCCUACAGUUGGUACAUAUUGCUCGAGGCAUUCUUGGUUGUUCGAUCGCUUCUGAACAAUUACCGAUUCAUUUAGAAAGUGGGUCAUAUUAUCCUACAUUGGAAGCUUUGUUCAUGCAUUGUAACUUUGCAGGACAUGAGAUAUAUGAACUGGUUGAAAAUCUUCGAUUUCUUCACUGGAAAAGCAAGCGUAUUUCUUCUCAAUUCGAUGUGUUACAAAUCGGUGCUGAAAUUGUGGACAUUGAAGUUAAAGUAAGUUUAAGUUUAAUUAGUUUUAACGCUGUGGUUAUUGCGAUUAAGUGA